CACAGACAUUCUAAAUCCCAGAUUAAUUUAUAGCGACAUUAUCAAUAUUUAAAGCGAUAAGACAGGUUACGCGCAAAUAGUGUUUAAACGUUAAGAUAUUUCACAUACAAUUUUUACGAAAAUAAGGAUUAUACAUUUCCACCAAACAUAGCAAUGGCGACGCGCGGACCGGCGAGGCUUCAGACGCUGUUCGAGUUUACGUGCCGGAACCUCCGUGGGGAGAACGUGGCGCUGAGCAGCUUCAAGGGGAAGGUAGUGCUGGUGGAGAACGUGGCGUCGCUCUGAGGAACGACGACGCGUGACUACACGCAGAUGAACGAGCUGGUCGCCAAGUUUGCUGAUAAGCUCGUCAUCAUCGCCUUCCCCUGUAACCAGUUCGGACACCAGGAAAACGGUAGCGGGGAGGAGAUUUACGCCUCCCUGAAGCACGUUCGGCCUGGGGGAGGGUUCGAGCCUAAUUUUCAACUCAUGGAGAAGUGUGACGUCAACGGAGCAAAGGCGCACGAGCUGUUCGAUUUUUUGAGAAAUCGUCUGCAAACGCCGAGUGACGAUAGCGUCUCAUUUAUGAACAAUUCGAAGAACAUCAUUUGGGAGCCCGUGACGAGAACAGACAUUGCAUGGAAUUUCGAGAAGUUUCUUAUUGCUCCAGAUGGAGUGCCCUUCCGUAGAUACAGUCGAUACUUCCAGACGAAGAACAUACAACAUGAUAUCCAACAACUAAUUGACAAGUUUAAAGUUUAAUCAUUGCGUUCUAACAUUAAUAGAGACUUUUCCAAGGCAGUUUAAGAAAACGUAGUUAAUUGAAUAAAACAUGGUAUAUCGCAAAACAGCCGGAUGAUAUUGUGAAUUAUGACAUAUAACCUCAGCACCUUUGGAUAAAACAGAACUUUUUAAUCAGGACAACAUCUGAGAGUAAAAUAUUUAGAAAAUGGCAAACAUAUAUUACCAUGUAGUUGUGCACAAGUUAUGUCCUCAUUUAUCACGUUGAAGUAUUUCCGUGGGCUGCCGAGUAUGAACGUGACGUCAUAAUCUGUUACAGACGACGCCACAUGAUGAACCAUGUGCAUGACCCACGGAAACACUUCAACACAUGCAUCUAGGAUUUAUUUCAAUACCGUCAGUAUUACUGAGCAUGCAAUAACUAUAUAAAAUUGUAUGAAACGUU